AUGUAUUCCAGAAUCGCAAGCCCAUUAGUUCAAGCACUGAUCUUGUCCACACUGCUCGCACCGACCACAGCACAGACCUACUCGUCAUGCAAUCCUCUGACCCAGAGUGGAUGUUCGCCAGACCCCGCUCUGGGAAAGAGUGUUGAUAUUGAUUUCACAUCUGGUGCCUCGAACGAAUUCACGUCCUCGGGAAAUCCAACCUACGACUCGAAUGGCGCGGCAUUCACGAUCUCGAAAUCGGGCGACGCUCCCUCCAUCUCUUCAAAGUGGUACAUAAUGUUUGGUCACGUCGACUUCGUGGUAAAAGCUGCGCCCGGAACCGGCAUUGUCAGCGCUGCCAUCCUUCAAUCAGACUGCCUGGACGAGAUUGACUGGGAAUGGUUAGGUGGUGACAAUACUCAAGCGCAGAGCAAUUACUUCGGGAAAGGAAUCACAACUACCGGGUACAACCGCGGAGCUUUCCACGGCGCGGACAACAAUCAUGACACCUUUCACACAUACAGUAUCGACUGGACUGCUGACCAGAUUGUUUGGUCUAUCGACGGGACCACUGUGCGAGCCAUGACCCAGGAACAAGCCGAAUCCGGGCAGUAUCCCCAGACGCCAAUGUACGUCAAAUUGGGUGCCUGGGCUGGAGGAGACCCGUCCAACCCGGAAGGGACAAUACAAUGGGCUGGCGGCGUGACAGACUAUUCUGCUGGUCCCUUCACUAUGUAUGUCAAGUCGGUUCAUGUCACGGACUACUCGACAGGGUCCCAGUAUUCGUACUCGGGCACAAGUGGCACAUGGCAGUCCAUCGUGUCCACUGGAGGUCAGAUCAACUCCAAAGGCAACGGAACACCCGUCUCGACGGCCGAUGCGCCCGCGGUCACUUCGCAUGUCUCGAACAGCGCUCCAUUGGCCUUUGGUAAUGGAGAUAACACGAAUUCCGUCUCCGCAACCCGGACUGGCUGGCCAUGGUCGGGAACGGCAACCGCGACGGCCGUGACUGUGGUAAGCGCCUCGAUCGCUGGGCUGACAAACUCCAUCCCCUCCGUCGCCAUCUGCGCAAGUGUCGUCUUUGGUCUCGGGGUCGCUUUACUCUGA